GCAUCGCUUUGGAGAAGGCAAAGUGCCGCAGUUUGCCACACGGUCGGUUACUCGACAGGUCUGCGUCUCGCAGCGAGAGGAGGAGGACGCGACGAGACGAGGAUUCGAUUGGAUUCGAUCCUCCGAAUGCUUGGAUUGACGGGCCCGAGUCAACGCGAGAAAGAGCUGAGCCAUCGGCGUUCGAGGCACGCAGGAGCGUAACGCAUCGAGAACGACGUGACUGUGCUAGAUGAAAGGCAUUUGGUAAUUAUCCAACUUCAUGUGCCAUGGACAAGUCGGAGAAACAACAAGCGCAACGGAAUCCGCGCGAAACAGCAAAUCCGUUCUCGGUCGUCACAUUCGGAUGGGUUCUGAGGACGUUCGCUUUGGGAUACCAACGAGAGCUUGAAGUGACAGACCUCUAUGCACCCCUUAAUGAACACAAGAGCAACGUCCUCGGGGAUCGAAUAUCAAGGAUCUGGGAGAAGGAACAAGAAAGAUGCCGUCGAGCAAAGAAGGGAACUCAGCCCAGUCUGCUCAGAGUACUUGUAAGGUGCUUUGGCCCCCGGAUUAUGAUGUUGGGGAUCAUAAUAGCAGCCUUGGAGUUUCUCGUAAGGAUAACGCAGCCGUUGAUGUUAGCCGGGUUGCUUCGAUAUUACCGCACUGACAAUGUCGAUGGGUCCAAAAUGACAAAGGACAAAGCAUACUUGUGGGCCGGUGGAAUAAUUUUAUGCUCUACCCUCAACUUCCUAGUGAUUCACCCCUGUAUGUUGGGAAUAAUGCACACGGGAAUGAAAAUAAGGGUCGCCUGCUGCUCGCUCAUCUACAGGAAGGUCUUAAAACUCUCGAAAUCCGCUUUGGCUGAGACGACUGUUGGGCAGGUUGUUAAUCUGCUUAGCAAUGAUGUUAACAGAUUUGAUUUGGCAGUUUAUUUUAUCCACUACAUUUGGCUGGGGCCCUUAGAGUCUGUGGUAAUAACUUACCUGAUUUACAUCGAAGUUGGGUGGUCCGCGGUCAUUGGAAUGCUGACAUUGCUAUUCUUCAUUCCGUUGCAAGGGUAUCUUGGAAAAAAGUCCUCCAUAUUCAGACUGAGAAUCGCUCUUCGAACGGAUGAAAGAAUUCGCCUGAUGAAUGAAAUCAUAAAUGGUAUUCAAGUAAUAAAGAUGUAUACGUGGGAAAAGCCAUUUUCUUAUCUCGUAGAGAUCGCAAGACGGAAAGAGGUUAACGCCAUAAAGAAAAAUUCAAUCGUCUUAGGAAUAUCAUCAUCGUUUGACAUGUAUACACCGAGACUCUGCGUCUUCGUCACGAUACUGGCUUACGUUCUUAUGGGUUACAAAAUUACCACGGAACAAGUAUUCAUGAUGACAGCCUUUUACAACGUCCUUCGCACAGCAAUGACAAUUGCCUUCCCAAUCAGUAUGACCCAAAUUGCCGAAGCGUUGGUGUCCGUCAGGCGUUUGCAAAAAUUCAUGCUACACGAGGAGAGAGAAAAACCAGCAAUUAAAGCUAAUGGACAAGCCAAUUCAGAGAAAAUCAGCAACAGCCAGUACUCCGUUAUGUUGAAAAAUGCUACGGCAAAAUGGGUGCCAGAUAACAAAGAGGACACCCUUUCACAGUUGAACAUCGAGAUAAAACCUGGUCAACUUGUGGCAGUUAUCGGUCACGUGGGAUCCGGAAAAACAAGUCUUCAUCACCUAAUAUUACGUGAACUUCCCAUCGUUAGUGGCAGUAUUGAAGUGAACGGUAAAGUCGCUUACGCGAGUCAAGAACCGUGGCUUUUCGCCUCUUCUAUUAGACAAAACAUCCUUUUUGGUCGACCUAUGGAUAAGGCGCGCUACGAGAGUGUCGUCAGUGUUUGUCAAUUAAAGAGGGAUUUCACCCUAUUUCCCUAUGGCGAUAAAACGAUUGUUGGCGAACGGGGAAUCAGUUUGAGCGGAGGACAGCGUGCGAGAAUAAAUUUAGCGAGGGCCGUUUACUCGGAGGCGGAUAUUUACCUCUUCGACGAUCCUCUGUCGGCGGUAGACGCUCACGUGGGAAGACACUUGUUCGACGAAUGCAUCAAGGGUUACCUCCAGGGUAAAACCAGGAUAGUCGCGACACACCAGCACCAGUAUCUUAAGUAUGUCGAUCGGAUAAUCGUGAUGAACAAUGGCGAAGUGGAAGCUGAGGGUACUUUCGAAGAACUUGAAACUGCUGGACUCGAUUUUGUCAAGCUCCUGCAGGAGCAAGCUAACGUGCCAGACGAUAACGAAAGCACGCGGAAAAGCUUGAGUCGAAAAUCUUCAAUUCAGAGCAUGAGAUCCGAAGAGAUAAACGACGUGGAUCCCGUCGAGGAAGCGGAACUGAGAUCAACUGGUCGAAUAUCGGCCAAAAUCUAUCUGUCCUACUUCAAAGCAGCUGGCAGCGUUUGUUUCGUCGUCUGUAUGUUCUUGGUGUGCAUCCUAAACCAAGUUUUCGCUAGUGGCGGCGACUACUUCAUCACAUACUGGGUAAACACGGAGGAGACCUCAGUAAACAUAAUCAACGACACAUUGGUAUUUAAUUGGACGGCGCCAUUGACCAGAGACAUGUGUAUUUACACAUACAGCGGAAUUACGGUUGCCACCGUCAUCUUCACUUUCCUGCGGACGUAUAUGUUUGUCAGCGUUUGCAUGCGGGCGUCGAAAACCUUGCACGGCAACAUGUUCAGAUGCAUAACUAGGACCACAAUGCGUUUCUUUAAUACGAAUACAUCCGGACGUAUUUUGAACAGGUUCUCGAAAGACAUGGGUGCCAUUGAUGAGCUUCUGCCGAUGAGUAUGUCUGACGUUGUGCAGAUUGGUCUUUCGCUACUUGGUGUGAUUGUGCUAGUUACAAUGAUCAGACCUUUGCUCCUGAUACCGACCGUGAUUAUCCUCAUCCUGCUGUAUCUUAUGCGAGUUAUCUACAUCAGUACCAGCCGUAGUGUCAAACGAUUAGAAGGAAUAACUCGUUCUCCGGUAUUCGGACAUCUAAGUGCAACUUUGAACGGAUUGACUACGAUUCGAGCAUUCGACGCCGAAGCGAAUCUCGCGAAAGAAUUUGAUAACCACCAAGACUUACACUCUUCAGCCUGGUACAUAUUCAUAUCGUGUUCGCGAACGUUUGGAUAUUACCUGGACUUCACUUGCGUGAUCUACACUGGUCUCGUGACAUUUAGUUUCCUUGUUCUGAGCCAAGAGACUUUCGGAGGAAACGUGGGUCUGGCAAUUACUCAGUGCAUCGGACUGACCGGGAUGCUCCAAUGGGGCGUCCGGCAGACUGCGGAAAUGGAGAACCAUAUGACAUCCGUCGAGAGGGUUCUUGAGUACAGCAAUCUUGAACAGGAACCGCCGCUUGAGAGUAAACCGGAACAUAAACCGCCACAAGAAUGGCCAACAGAAGGUAGAAUACAAUUCUGGAACAUGUUUCUGAGGUACGAUAGAUCCGAACCCCCGGUUCUGAAGAACCUCAACUUCGUAAUCAUGCCAAGGGAGAAAAUUGGCAUCGUCGGACGAACCGGUGCCGGAAAGUCUUCGUUGAUAUCUGCAUUGUUCCGACUUGCGUACAUUGACGGUGAAAUAUACAUUGACGACGUACCAUCGAGUAGCUUGGGGGUGCAUGAUCUGCGGUCCAAGGUCAGCAUAAUUCCGCAGGAACCGGUUCUGUUCUCUGGACGUCUGCGUGAAAAUCUUGAUCCGUUUGACGAGUAUUCGGACGAUGUGCUUUGGCAAGCGCUGGAGGAAGUGGAGCUUAAGGAAGCCGUAAACGAGUUGGCGGGUGGCUUAAAUUCCAAAAUGUCCGAGGGUGGCACUAACUUCAGUGUCGGGCAACGACAAUUGGUCUGUCUUGCUCGUGCCAUUGUUAGAAACAAUCAAAUAUUGGUGCUUGAUGAAGCUACAGCCAAUGUAGACCCUCAUACUGAUGUCUUGAUUCAAAAAACUAUUAGAAAGAAGUUUGCUGGCUGCACCGUUCUCACCAUAGCGCACCGACUCAACACCGUUAUGGACAGCAGCAAAGUGCUUGUUAUGGAUGCCGGUACCAUGGUGGAGUUUGAUCAUCCUCAUUUAUUGCUUCAAAAUCGACAAGGGUACUUGUACGACAUGGUGCAGCAGACCGGACAUUCAAUGGCGGAUAAUCUCACAAAAAUAGCAGAAAAGAAUUACACUAGCCAAACAUCAACUUGAAGAAAUACAUGAAGGAAACUAGGAUUCUAAACUUGCCAAGAACGUACGAGUAUGAAUCAUCAAUCAUCCAUUAACAAGUCUGCACAUAAUACGUUAAUCAAAAUCUCUUUCACGAAGCCUUCCAUCUCUCAUUCUUAACAUGUCGUACAUUAUAUUUAAAAGUAAUUCAUGCGAAAAUCAAAUAUUUUUAUAUAGUCUUUUUUAAUGUGUCUUAAAACAUAGUUAUUAUCUACCAUUUUCAAACUUUGUAUACUUUUCCAUUAAUUUUUAAGGACCUUAUAGGUGCGAAUACUGAUAUCGAAUCAGAGCGGACCAUAGCUGACCUUAAUCUUAUAGGUACUUAUUAUACUGGCAAGUUUUAUUCACAGCCAGAACAAGUUUAUAAGCUUUAUAUAAGUAUACAACAUACAAGCUCAGUAUAUGGGCUUACACUAGGUUUCAAUUACUAGAUUUAAUAGAAUAAUAAUCAAUAUUGCAGUAUUCGUUUGUUGUGGCAAAUCGCAUAUAAAAACGAUCUCAGUAAUCAAUGUGCCUAAAACAAUUAAGAUAGAAAGAUGUUGUUGUUAUUAUUAUUAUUAUUAUUAUUAUUAUUAUUAUUAUUCAAUAUUAUUACUAUGAUUAUAUUGAUUAAAGAACAAUUAUUAUA